GUACUUGAGAACCAACCGUUCACAACCAACCCAAAACAGCCAACAUGUUCAAAUACUUCGCUCUCUGCCUGUUCGCCAUCGUGGCCUGUGUGGCUGCCAAGCCGGCGGUGCUCGCCUCCCCACUGGCCUACAGCGCCUACUCCGCUCCCUAUGUGGCCGCAUCUCCCUACUCGGCUGCCUACACCGCCGCUUACACCGCUCCAGUGGCCGCCGCCUACUCCGCCUACUCGUACCCGUACGCGUCCGCCUACUCCGCCUACCCCUACGCCGCCUACUACCGCUAACUGCAUGACUAGAUCGUGAUCUUAUCUUGGCUACUGAACCGGACCUGAACACAUAUACCUAUUGCAACAAGGAUACGUUCCUGCUAACCACCCACACCAUUCCAGCGCUCUCUUCUCACAUCCCUGGUAUUAGUUCGGCGGACUCUAAUUUCCCACCUCUGCCGUGCCGACUGCUGAAAGUUAAGUCAUGGGAACAGGACAUACCACUUACACAAAGAAAAUAUUUUUGUUGAAAUAAAUACUGCAUUUUGCGUAAAACGUA